GGUCCACUUUGUUAAAUGAGACUUUGCCUCAAUUUGAGAAUAAAAUUCGACCCUUUCUGAUUUUCUAUUUUUGUUCCUUCCAUGUGCCCUCGAAAAGGCAGCAUUUUACCAGAUUUUACAAAACCAACACUGAUAUCUAGGACAGCCUGAGGUUCACAGCCAGCUAUCAUUAAACCUUGGAAAAGUAGAACGUACUUUUACCACAAAUUGAGUAAUACUUGCUGCACAUUGUCAGUAUUUCAUUUCUGCAUUUCAGCAAAUCAAAAUUUUGAGAAUAUAAAUAAAACAUGUCUGGAAAUCAGUGACAAUCACAAUUUAUUUGCUCAAAACAGUACACAAUUUACGUUGAGUUGACCAUCUAAAUUAAAAAUUUCCAGAUAUUAGUAAACUAUCCAGUAAAUUGGUUUUUCUCUCUAGAUGGAUCACACACAAAGGGCCGCAUUCGAAUGUCCCAAUUGCUCCAAAAUGUUCAAAACUAAGUCAGCAUUUACCCAACACCUCGUCACACAUGAUCCCAACGUUAAGGUGAAAUGUCAGAUAUGCGGUAAAAUCUCCAAAAACCCGGCCCUUUAUUCUACCCACUUGGCAAGAGUUCACUCAGACCGAGAACGCCCCAGUUGUGACAUUUGUGACCGGGUAUUUUUCUCCCGGGUGACUUUACGAAAGCAUAGAGACACCGUUCAUACCAGGAUUGAGGGACGAGCCCGUUUCCCAUGUAAAAUUCCCGGCUGUGGGAAAACCUAUCUAAAUAAGGGAAGUCUUUGGUCACACGUAAAAGCAGAGCAUGGCGAGAAUAAGGUCAGAUUUGGCUGCACUCUGUGCCCAAAAGAAUUUAAAAAUCGGACUGACCUGGCGGAUCAUAUUCGCACCCAUACGACCGAAAAACCGUUCUCGUGUCCCACUUGUGGAAAAAAGUUCAGACAACGGCAGCACUUGAAGCCUCACCAGAAGACGCAUUUGGACAAAUCUGCCCGAGAAAGUUUCCCGUGUCUCGAUUGCCCUGCCGCGGUUUUCUUGACUAAACGAGGGUUGCAGGAACAUGUCCGAGCUUAUCAUGAAGAUCGGUAGGAUUAUCCGUGCACAUUUUGUGACAAGAGGUUCAGGACACGGUACCAGGAGAAGCGUCAUAUCGAGGCGAUACACCCCCCGAGCAAGGAGGCGAUUCACUCCUGCGAUCACUGUGGGUACAGAAGUCACUCAAAGAUUAAUUUAGCUGUCCACGUGCGGCGCCAUAAUCCUGCGAAUCAACGCGAAUGUUAUUUUUGUGGGAAGAUGUUUAGCCGGUUUCCUAUGUUGGUUAAACACUGUGGUAAAUUUCAUACGCUCGAAAAGUAAAAAUGGAUCGUCGCUGCAGCUUAAAUUAUAGUUCUUAUUCUAAAUAUGUAAAUAUUAUUGUGAUUUGGUAAAUGAACUUAAUCAAAAUCCUCAAUCAGUUUGGAUAUUAUAUAGGGGCAAAUAAUCAAUAAAAGUACAAUUCCAAGUCUGGAUAACGUUUUUUUACAAAAUUUUAGUAAAACAUUUAAACCAAAGUUUGUUUAAUAAUUGGCCGAAUUUAUGCAAAUGUUAUGCUGAAAAAA